AUGACGGUUACACACCGGAAGAGGCAGUAUCAGCCGGAGGAAAUUCAGACCGUGAGCGAGCCUGGCCUCCAGAUCGAAUGCGACUCCUGCGCCUGCGACCUCACCCACUCCAUCCGUAUCAAGUGCGCAGAUUCCACCUGCCAAGAGGGAGAUGGCGUCGAUAUCUGUCCCUCGUGUUUCUGCAGUGGCAAGGAGUUCGCCUCUCACAAACGGGGCCAUGCAUACCGUGUGGUGGAACUUUACUCAAAUCCAAUAUUCACAGAGGACUGGGGUGCAGAUGAGGAGUUGUUGCUACUUGAAGGGAUUUCGCUGCAGGGAUUGGGCAACUGGCAAGCGAUAUCCGAACACGUGGGAACACGGACCAAGGAGGAGGUAGAAAACCAUUACCUGGACGUCUACAUCAACUCCCCCGACUGGCCCAUGCCUAAUGGACGCGACUUCGACAUCGAUCCCGCGGAAUUCAAGGAGCGGAAACGAAGGCGAAUAUCUGCGAUGACGACCAGUGCUCCUCCCCCGCACAAGGUCGCGCCUGUGUCGGCCCCUGCAAUUCACGAGGUCGCUGGUUUCCUGCCUGGCCGUCUUGAGUUCGAGCACGAGUUGGAUAACGAAGCUGAAGACGUUGUCAAGGACCUGGAGUUCGGCAUAUGUCUGGAGUGGGGCGGCGAUGAGAUGCCGGAGGAUGAGAACGAUGCCGACGUGAAGGCGAGGGCGAAGUAUACUGAGGAGAUGAAGGCCAAGGAAGCGUUGUCGGGAAAGCGAUUGCCUAACGGGAUGAUGAACGGCGUCGUAAACGGGUAUCACUCAAACGGCAACACCCCGCGCGACACGAGCUUGAAGCCGGAAGACGAAAAGAAGAGUGACCAGGACGAGGAUGCGGAAGAGCAGACGCAACCACCCCCCUUCGAGACGAAGGAGUCACUCCAAUUCAAGCUUUCCCUACUCGAGUCUUACUACCAGCGCCUGGAGAAGCGACAGGAACAGAAAGAAGUGAUGUUCGAUCGCGGCCUUCUUCAUUACAAGCAGAUGCAAAUGACAGAGAAAAAGCGAGCAAAGGAAGAGAAAGACAUCAUCCAUCGCCUUCGUCCAUUCGCCCGCUUGCAGACGGCCGAAGACUUUGAGAACUUCCAAGCAGACAUCCUCUACGAACACAUGCUCCGGAAACGCAUUCAAGAGCUGCAGCAUUAUCGCCGCAUGGGUCUCCGCACACAGGCAGACAUCGAGAAAUAUGAGGCGGACGUCGUAAAGAGGGCGAGCGUCAAGGCAAAUAUGUCGACCCGUGAUCUCUACGCCGAUCGCCGUCUGAACGGAGGCCGCGCAUCCUCGGGGCCCGAUCCACGACGCGGGAGCAUGGACGGCGACGACCGCGAGGCAACACCGAAGCCCGGCGCCUCCGCGUCUGCCACGGGUCCUCCCGCGCGCAAAAUGCCCGCGCCUCUCAACCUCGCGAACUCGCCCGCGCUGCACUUGCUCACGCCCGAGGAGCAGACCCUCUGCUCCCAGCUCCGGAUCCUGCCCAAGCCAUACCUCGUCAUCAAAGAAACUCUCGUGCGCGAGUACGCUCGACGUGGGGGGAAGCUCCGGCGGCGCGAGGCGCGCGAUCUCGUCAAGAUCGAUGUGAACAAGACCAGCCUCGGCAACACGGACGUGCAGGCGACCGCCGCCGCCGCCGCUUCGGCGACGGGUAAAAGGCCAUCCGCGCCGCCAACGCUGAGCGCGUCGCCGAGCAAGGACUCGAUGGCGCGAGUGUCCCCACGGCCGCCGCCGUUCACGAACGUCCCGCUAGGAUCUGUCCCACCAGGGUCGGGCUCGUAG